AUGCCAUCCAAGACUGCCGAUGAAAUCGCCGCGACCACGGAGACGAUUCACGAGGUCGGGUACGACCGUAACGGCUUCGACUCGCGCGUCGACACCAAAACCCUCCGUUCGCUCUACCUUGCCCCGGCCUUCAUCAAGGCCGGCGCCGAGACGACCAACGUCGGCUCGGCCGAGAAGGACUACGGCACGCAGUCGGUCUACGACAAGGACACGAACCGGAUCCAGUACACCACGUUUGCCAAGUUCCCCUCCGUUCGCCUCCUUCCCGAUGCCCAGCGCAAGCGCAUCCUCGUUACUGGUGGUGCCGGCUUUGUCGGCUCGCACCUUGUCGACCGCCUCAUGCUCCUCGGCCACGAGGUCACCGUCCUCGACAACUUCUUCACCGGAUCGCGCACCACCGUGUCGCACUGGGUCGGCCACCCUAACUUUGAGAUGGUCCGCCACGACGUUGUCGAGCCCUUCAUGAUCGAGGUCGACCAGAUCUACCACCUCGCGUGCCCCGCCUCGCCCCCUCACUACCAGUACAACGCUGUCAAGACGAUCAAGACAUCGUUCAUGGGCACCCUUAACAUGCUCGGCCUUGCCAAGCGCACCAAGGCCCGUUUCCUCAUUACCUCGACCUCGGAGGUCUACGGUGACCCCGAGGAGCACCCCCAGCGCGAGGACUACUGGGGCCACGUCAACUGCAUCGGGCCCCGUGCAUGCUACGACGAGGGCAAGCGUGUUGCCGAGACCCUCACCUACGGUUAUAUGCGCCAGGACGGCGUCGACGUCCGCGUCGCCCGUAUCUUCAACACGUUCGGUCCCCGCAUGAACCCCUACGACGGCCGUGUGGUCUCCAACUUUAUCAUUCAGGCCCUCAAGGGCGAGGACAUGACUGUUUAUGGUGACGGCCAGCAGACCCGCUCGUUCCAGUACAUCCACGACCUCGUCGACGGCCUCAUCCUCCUCAUGAACGGCGAGGAGACGCGUCCCGUCAACAUUGGCUCGUCGCACGAGUUCACCAUUCUGGAGUUUGCCGAGGCCGUCCGCGACAUUGUCGAGGAGGUCCAGCGGGCCGAGGGCGAGCCCAACCCCAAGAGUGUCGGCAUUGUUCACAAGGACAUGCCAACUGACGACCCGCAGCGCCGCCGCGCCGACACGACGCGCGCCAAGGAGACGAUCGAGUGGCAGCCCCGCUGGGGCGUCCGCGACGGUGUCCGCGAGAUGGUCCUCUACUACAAGCAGAUGAUCGAUCAAGGCAAGCUCUAA